CCGCCCCCGGGAGGGCACUUCCGGCGCAGCGGAAUUCCGGGUGCGAUAGCUCGCGGAUAAGGCCUGUUGUGCUGAAGGCCCCAUGAGUGCGGCGCCCCUGGUGGGCUACAGCAGCAGCGGCUCGGAGGAUGAAGAUGAGGCCGAGGCCGCGGCCGGGGCCCUGGCGCGACCCGCAGCUGGAGGCUGCCGGCGUUCCCAGAGCCCUCUCCCCAGCCAGAGGUUGCCAGUACCCGACAGUGUGCUGCACAUGUUCCUAGACACUGAGGGAGAACCCAAGGACGACCAGGAAAAACAUGGAGGCCGGGUGCGCACCUUCCCCCAUGAGCGGGGCAACUGGGCUACCCACGUCUAUGUGCCAUAUGAAACGAGGGAGGACUUCCUGGAUCUGCUGGACAUGUUGCUGGCCCACGCCCAGACAUGUGUCCCCCGGCUGGUCCGGAUGGAGGCAUUCCACGUCAGCUUGUCCCAGAGCGUGGUGCUGCGGCAUCAUUGGAUCAUCCCCUUUGUGCAGGCUCUGAAGGACCGCCUGGCCUCCUUCCAGCGAUUCUUCUUUACUGCCAACCGGGUAAAGAUUUAUACCAAUCAAGAGAAAACCAGGACCUUUGUCGGACUUGAGGUCACCUCCGGGCACCCCCAGUUCUUGGACCUGGUCUCGGAGGUAGAUAGAGUCAUGGAGGAAUUUGACCUCACCACUUUCUACCAGGACCCUUCAUUCCACGUCAGUCUGGCCUGGUGUGUGGGGGACACGCGUCUCCCCCUGGAAGGACGGUGCCUGCGGGAACUACAGCUGUCCUUUCUCAUCUUCCGGUGGAAGAACAUUGUGGAUGAGUUUGAAGACCCCGAGAUGGUGCUGCGUGCGCAUGCCGAGCAGGUCCGCUGCAAGUCUGGGAACAAGUUCUUCUCCAUGCCUUUGAAGUGAGCACGAGAGACCCUCAUCCCAGGCCCCUCUGCAGGCCAGGCAGAGAUGGAGAAGCCUGCUCCAAGACUUGGGGAGGCUCCCAGCCUCCCAGAGGGAGGCCUGGACUGGAGCGCAGGCACUGCUGGUGGUUCCUGGGGGCUUGUUUACUCCCAGCUGGUUUGGGUGCUGUUCAGCCCUGCUAUGUGUGGUCAUUAUCAGGAAUCACCAGUAGAGGGCAGCCUGGGCUUCCUAGUUCUAGAUCUGUGGCCUGUAGACUUGCCGGGCACAAAAGAAAGUCAGGGUCAUGGUGAGCCCAUCCAGACUCAGCCCGCAACCCCACUGUAGCGCCUCCUACAAACAGCCCCUACCCCACACCCUCCCCCCCACACCCUCCCCCCAUCGGCUGUUUGCAUCUGGAGGCCAUUGGCCUCCAUCAGGGUUCCCCUGGCUCUUCUCUACUCGCGCUGGACACACCGUGUCUUCAUGGGUCCAUCACCCUCCUUCCCUGAAGUCCGUCGUUUUUAUUUAUUUUUGGUCUCCCCCUCUGGAGCCAGCGGAGACCAUCUCAGGGCCAAGGUGCAGAGCGCUGAUUUGUGCUUCUGCCUCAGUUUUCUCCCCCACCCUCCCCCCCACCUGCUACCUCCCACUCGCCCCCAGCCAGGUGCCUGGGGAACCAAAAGCAGAUGUUUCAUUUUGGCCUGGCUAUGGCGGCUCUAAGCCAGCCCUCCAACGCUCUGUGGCCUCUGGCUUCUCCUCAGCUUUCCCAAAGAGGUGGAGGGGCAAGGCCUUCCCCCAGUUCUCUCUCCACUGCCUCCAGCCGCCUGCCAUGGGCACUCUGAGGGGGGCUCCAAGGAAAGGCCAUGGGUUGUCCGGGCCUUUUAUUUUCCAUCAGGCUUUCACCAGAGCAAAAGACCAGUCCUCUCCAAUUGUCGUCUGUAUCUCUGGUGAUGAGAGAUAUUUUUAUGUUAUUGUUUUCAAUUAUGUUCCAGUAAAAAUUCCAGUUUCAAUUUUGGGUUUUGUUUGGGACUGCUUCUGUUUAUUGUUCAGCUAGGUGACAAGAUGACUGUCCUCUGCCUGCACCUUCUCCAGCAUGCCACUCAGUGUCAGGGGUACUCUUGGGAGUCCCCAUUAUGGCUCUGGAGUGGCCGUGAGAGGAGGCACUGAUGAUGUCUCAGUAAAUUGAUAGUGGGGGUCACCCGGCCUGCCAGGCCUGCACCCCAGACAAGUGGCACAGACCACAUGUGGCCCAGGGCAGGGCCUGUGCCGGGUGAGGGGGAACUCCAACUCCUCAUCAGUGUAAGCACAGGCAUUCAGACCUGACGCUGCUACAACACGUUCAGAGCCCUUUCUAGAACCAUCUCCUCUGUCCUCCUGGUAACCCGCCCCAAAAAGUAAACUGGGGAGGAAUGGGUAUUCCACUUGUGCAGAAGAACAGCUGAAAUCCCUUAUCUCUGUUCUGCUCUGACCUCAAUCCUGCCCCGGGGCUCCCCAUCAGGCCUGCUCUCCCCUCCUCACCCCAGGCCUGGGGAAAGGGGACCUGCCACGCCAGCUCUCACUGCCUCCAGCAUCUCUGGGCUCUCUGAGGCAAGCUUCCAAUCCCAGCCCAAAGAUGUGGGAACUCACUUUCUGUGCCUGAUUCCCCAACUCCACUGCACUGAUCUGCUGAUUCAACUCCAACUGGGCAGUCGGUUCGUAUGGAUUUUGAGGUCACGCUGGAAAGGGAGAGGAAGCCCAGCCUCCUUCCCGGCCUGCAAGGAACACAGCAAGUAUCCUGUGCAGUGGACACUUACAGGGCCACCAGCUCUGUGUCAGGUGCUUACAGCCAGGGGGCAGCCAGAGCACCUGGAGAAGAAUCCCCAUCCCCAGCUCUGCACUUCUAACACUGGGGAAGUACAAGCAACAUCCUGAUUUCUGAUUUCCGGCAGGUUCUAACCUCAGCGUCGAAGCCAGCCUCCACCUAGGCGGCUCUGUAGGCCCAGACCACCCGAUUUUCCUCAUCAGGACCACUGGCUCUCCCCAGGAGGGCAGCCCCACCAUGAACAAACCCAGGAGGGCUGGCUGCGCCAGUCCCAGGGGAGGAUGUGGCCCGGAUGGAAUUACAGUGCAGCAACUUGAAGAAAUGGGCCAAGAUCGAGAAGGGGCUCUUCAGUAGGGAUUGGCAGGUGGCGAUGGAGGAAGGAAGCCAGAGAGUCCCUGAGGGGGGAGGGGGCCAGGCUGGCCGCAGGAGGCUGGGCGGCAGGGCUUGGCAGGAGCCCAAACACUGAGUGUGCCGCGGAGCCCAGCCGCCGGCUCCCCAGCGCUCGGCUGACAGUGCAGAAGCAGCUGGGGCUCUUCCAUAAGAGGAGAUGUGAUCCGAAGGCAGACGAUGAGACCAGCGCAGCCUGGGGUCCACCCCUUGGCAGGCUUGACUCGGAAGAGGGAGAUGCUCCUGAUGGGGAUUCUCUCACACCAAAGAGAGCGCAAAAUCAACACAUCUGGCCUGGGUGUCCUCAGAUGUUCCCUGCAGGGCAGGGAAGUGAUCUUCGAGGCCUCCUUGGCCCCUUUCCACCUGGCACUCUUGGCUCUCUCCCGCAGGCCUCUCCAGACCACCCCAGCUUUGUUUCCAAGGAAGAGAGAAAUUACCUCGGCUUGUUUGUUUAUGCCUUGUCUUGGUACCGGGAGCCUGAGAGGCCAAGUGGGGGGCGGGGGUGGCAGCCAAGGAUGGGGGUGGGGGGUCCAGGGCCUGGUUCUGACCCACAGCAUGUGGCUUUUACAGGGACCUCGGCCACCACCUGAACCAGAACCCUCCUUCUACCAGUGAAGAGACAAACCCAAAGAGGGGAAACAACUUGCUCCAGAUCGCCCAGUAAAUGAGUGCUGAGGCAGACCCCCGCCCCCACCCCAGGCCUGGCUUCUAAUCCCCACCUGUUUGCUCAACCCCUCACUACCCCUCAGGGGCUCACAGUGAAGCUGGGCGCUUUGAUCCCAAAAGGCUCCAAGAAAACAAGAGGGGCGGGGUGGCGGGAGGCUCUAGAUGAAAUGGUAUUAUCGAAAUGUGGGGAAGGUUUAACGCUGGGUAACAGAAGGCCAGUCCCCUCAGGUCUUGGGUACUGGUCAGACCCUGCAGAGCCACAGGCCCCCAUGACAGACAGGUGUUCAAACCCACCUUGGAGCCUGCAGGGGCCAGAACCCAAACACUGGGGGCUUCAAGGUCGGGUCACAAGGGAUGCCUCCUCUUUAAGUAGGAUUUACCCCAGGAGAGGAACCUCCAACGGAGAGAAAAUAAUUACCAAGCUGACCACAGGCCUGUAAGAGCAUUACUCAUUGUUCCUGGGUCCCUCUCUUAACUGAAAACCUCCUAAACUCAAACUUAUUUAUUUAUUUAUUUAUUUAUUUAUUUAUUUUAUUUUUUCAAGAUUUUUUUUUUUUUUAAGUAAUCCCUAUAGUGUGGAGCUUGAACUAUCAACCCUGAGUCCCAAGCUCUACCGACUAAGCCAGCCAGGCGCCCCUCAAAUCCUUCUUUGUAAAUUGACCAAUUGGCAAUAAAUAUCGUGAAAGAUU